AUGUCGUUCGACUCCAUCCCAAUCCUCGAUCUGGCUGAGGCGCGGAAUCCCGCAACAAAGCCGGCCUUCCUCGAUUCCUUGCGACAUGCGCUACUGGAAGUUGGAUUCCUAUAUAUCAAGAACACAGGCAUCGAUGAUAAGCUAAUACAAGAGGUUAUUGAUGAAGGAAAGAAGUUCUUUGAGUUACCUGAUGAGAAAAAGUUGGAGAUUGAGAUGAAGAAUGUGCCUAGUUUUCUUGGCUACUCCCGCCUCGGGAACGAAAUAACCCGCUUCAAAACCGACUGGCGCGAGCAGAUAGACCUCUCAACAACCCACCCGCUCCCCGGCCCCUCCGCCCCUCUCUACCACAACCUCCUAGCCCCCAACCAAUGGCCCGAAUCGGCCUACCUCCCCAACUUUCGCCCCGUCUACGAACAGUAUAUGACCAAGAUGGGCGAUAUAAGCAUGGAGUUCAUCUCGCUGGUGGCGGAGGCCAUCGGACUGCCGGCCAAUGCUUUCGAGCGCUUCUUCGAUAAAACGCAGCAGCACAAGUUGAAGAUCGUCAAGUAUCCGGAUCUGGAUGAGCUGGGGGUUCCGGCGGAGGAGGGGGAGGGACAGGGUGUCGGUCCGCAUAAGGAUAGUAUGCUUACGAGCUAUUUGUUGCAGGCGAGUCAGCAUCGGGGGCUGCAGGUGCAGAAUCAUCGGGGAGAGUGGGUGGAUUGUCCGCCUAUUGAUGGGACUCUUGUUGUGGCGAUGGGGCAGGGGUUGGAGGCUAUGACGCAGGGUGUUUGUCAGAGCACGACCCACCGCGUCCUAAGCCCUGCCCGCGGAAGUGGCGCUCGCUACAGCGUCCCCUUCUUCCAGGGCGUAAGCUACGAUGCCACGUUCGAGAGCAUGGAUGUACCCGCGCAUGUCAAGGCGCUGCGCGAGGAGGUCAUCAAACGCAACGGUAUCCGCCAGGAUGAUAUUGAAUUCACGUUUUCGAAGGGGAAAUGGGGUCAUCUCGGUGAGGCGACGCUGAUGAAUCGGAUAAAGAGUCAUCCGGAUGUUGGAGAGCGCUGGUACCCAGCUUUGCUCAAGAAAAUCAGAGAUGAGCAGGCGCAGAACAAUCAGGUCGCUGAGAAGCCACAGGGUUUAGCUAAGGAGAGCGCUCAGGUUAGCAGUAAACCGGUGGAAGCCCAUUAA